GCCAAUAUCCUGUUGAACAUGCUGCACCUUCAGCAUCAAGUUUUCUUUUUAUCAAAAAAACCCUAAUUUUAUGUUUUUAAGGAGAGUGAUCAAUUGACUCACAUGCUUUUUAGUUGUUCAAGCUGCAGCAGAGAAUCCUGGACGCAUCACAAUAAGAAGAUAACAAUCAAAGAGGCAGCAGCAUGAUGUGAUAUUUACUACAUAACAAAAAGCGGAAGCACGGCGACAACACAAAGAAAGAAACAUUCUCUGACAUCAUUGAAAGCUCUCUUCCAGAGACUGCUACCAUAGAAACUGACCAAGAGGUGCUUAUCCCAGUUUAGCAGAGCCGGGUAUAAAGAAGCAGAAGAAAAAGAUUGAAAAAAUCUUCCAAGACUGUUACAAUGGACACUGAACAAAAUUUAAACACUCAAUUGUACGUAGGUAAUAGUGAAAAGAAACAUAAGAAAAAGAAAGGACAUUCUGCUUUGUUGUCGGAGUAUGAUAAUUUGGAGACUGUUACAGUAGACACAAAACACACCUUAAGCAAUUUUCUGUGCGUAGGUAAAAGCAGAAAGAAACAGAAAAAAAAGAAAAACCUUUCUGCAUCAUUAGAGGGCUGUGAUAGUUCAGAGAUACAUACAGUGGACAGUGAACAAGACAUAAAAAAUCUCCUGUUUGUAGAUAACAGUGAAAAGAAACAUAAGAAGAAAAAGAAUUGUUCUCCUUUGUUAUUGGGGGAUGAUCAUCUCGAGACUGUUCCAGCAGACGUUGAACAAGACUUAAACCAUUUCACAUCUGUAGGUAAUAGCGGAAAAAAAUGGAAGAAAAAGAAAGAUAGUUCUGCAUCAUUAAUGGGCGGUGACAGUUCAGGGACACAUACAGUGGACAGUGAUCGAGACAUAAACAACCUUCUGUUUGUAGGUAAAAGUGCAAAGAAACAUCAGAUAAAGCAUUUUUCUGAUUUACUAUCAGGAUAUGAUAAUGUAGAGACUGUUACAGCAGAGAUUGAACAAGACCAUUUCACAUCUAUAAGUAAUAGUGGAAAAAAACGGAAGGAAAAGAGAGACCGUUGUGCAUCAUUCGGGGGCAGUGACAGUUCAGAGAUGCAUGCAGUGGACAGUGAACAAGGCUUAAACAAUGUCCUGUUUGUCGAUAAUAGUGAACAGAAACGUAAGAAGAAAAAAGAUUGUUCUGCUUUGUUGUUGGGCUAUGAUAAUCUUGAGACUGUUCCAGCAGACACUGAACAGAACUUAAACCAUUUCACGUCCAUAGGUAAUAGUGGAAAGAAACGGAAGAAAAAGAAAGAUGCUUCUGCAUCAUUGGAGGGAUGUGAUAGUUCAGAGAUACACACAGUGGACAGUGAUCGAGACAUAAACAAUCUCCUGCUUGUAGAUAAUUGCAAAAAGGAAUGGAAGCAUCAGAAAAAUAUGGGGCACAAUUCUAAAUUAGGAAAUAAAGAUGAUGACUCAGAUAUGCAAAACCCCUGCAAAUCUGAUCUUGGUGAAAAUAAACUACAGGGGAAGAAGAAAAAAUAUGUCGCAGCAUUAGAACUAUGUGAUGUUUCAGAGACUGUUUUGGUUGAUGAUCAAGACUUACAAAUUUUCCAGCUUCCACGGAGUAAUAAAAACAAACUGAAGAAAAGGAAAAAAGACAGAAACAGUUCAAUAUUCAGUGAAGAAUGUGACAGUUCAGAUAUGCAAAAUCUUCAGUUAGGAGGUGAUAGUGAGAAAAGAAAAAAAAUUCAUCUUUGUGGGUCACUGAUAACGGAGGCUACAACGCACGUGAGCUCUACAGAGAUGAAGAAAGAAGGUCAGCAUUCUGAGUUGAUGGGUAAUCAAGGAAACCAAAUGAAUAAACUAAUACAUCGUUCCUACUCAGAUGAGACUGGUGUUUCAGUCUCUGCGGUAAAGACUAAGAAAAUACUGCAAAAUGCCGGAUUAGUGGAAAAUGGUGAUAAUGAAAGAGACCAUGUCACGGCAGUAAAAACUGCUAUAGAGAUUACAACAAAAGAGACCCCGCACACAAUACGGAAUCCUGAGUUACUGACUAAAAGUAAGUGUAAUUCCCAUCCAACAGAAGAGAGAGUUGGGAAAGCAGAAGGUAGUGACGAUUUGGAGACUAGUGCAGAGCCUCAUCUAGAAAGUGCAAUAUCAGCAUAUGUUAGUGUUGAUACAGAAACAUCAACCCAAAAAUGCAAAAGGAGAAAAAAGAAAAUGCAGUUUAAGAACAUAGACAGAGAUGGCCAUCCCAGUGGAUCUGAAAUUCCUCAAAAGCCUAUCAAGCAAUGUAAAAGAAGCAACAUUUUGUCAUUUGAAAAUUGUAGUGCAGACCUACUGGGAAUAAAUAACAAAUCUUUCCAGAAACCUAAAUUAAGUUGCAAUGGAAGUGAAAAUGUAGAGAAAGAAACAAAAGUACCUUCCAAGGCUGUGAAUAUUAGUGGCAUUGCAGAAAUCACUGGAGAGCAGAUUGAGCAAAUAGUGCAUGAUGCUAGCACCACUUGCGAGGAAACUGUUAAAACCUCCAAGAACUACAUACAAAAGAGAGGCCGUCCACUCGGCUGUAAGAAUUCUGGCAGACCUAAACAAUUGACGCACGUUGGACCUACACAGUCUCCUGCAACUUUAAGAAGACAGAAAAAUAAACAGCCACAGCAGCGUAUGACAAAACCUAAUAAUAAUGCUAACAUCACAACUGCUGAGAAUUUUAAGUGGGAGGAAAUGCCUGUUUGUCAAGAUAAAACUAAAGGUAGUCAGAUGGACAAAUCAAAAUUGACUGAGCUGCUCAAGGACUAUAUCCCUAAUGUGGAAAAGCUGACAAAUGAUACGCUGUAUAGCAUAUAUAAAUAUGACCUUCCAAGGUUUCAAAAGUUUAAAGCUGAAGGAAUUGCCAUCCGCCAAGGCAAGUUUACUGAGCAAGAGAAUCAACAAUUGCAGAAAAACCUGAAGGAAUUAAUGGAGCUAACUGGAAUUCAAAAUGAAUGGGACCUGCUACAUGUUCCUGAAUCCGUUGAGGAGAUGUUAAGAAUUAGACGGCUGAAACAGAAUAAUUUAUUCUGUUGCAAACUAGCCGAAAAUAUUCCAAGACCAUGGAAGUGUGUUUAUCAGCGAGCUAAGAGAAUGUAUCACCCUCAUCGAUGUAAAGGCAGGUACUCCAAAGAAGAACUGAACAAAUUGCAACGUUUGCAAAUGCAGUAUGGAAAUCACUGGAAGAAAAUUGCACAAUUCAUGGAACGUUCUGAUGGGUCUGUUAUAUGCCGAGCAAAAACAAUGAAAAAUUCUUUGAAACUUGGACCUUGGAGCAAGGAGGAGGAGAGGGCGUUAAUGAACAUAAUGGAGGAGCUAAUGAGAAAAAAGAUACAAGAGGCACCCUAUAGUCCAAUGAGUACAGUUCCAAAUUCCAAUGCACUUAUUUCAAUUCUGCGUGAAAAACUAUACAGGGAAAUUCCUUGGUUUGCAGUUGCGGACAAAAUGGAGCACAGAAACUGGACGCAGUGUAGGCAGAAAUGGAUGAACAUUCUGACUACAAAAAUGUCUGGAGGAGUGAGACCUAUUCGAUUUCACCAUCACCAGUCAAGAAUUAAUCUCAUCAAAAGGUUGUACCUGUUGAACAUUGAUGAUGUCGGUGAAGUCGACUGGGAGGAUCUUUGUAGUGCUGUUGGAGAUGUUCCUCCUUUAUUCGUUCAAAAGAUGUUUUAUAAAUUGAAAGUUCGUUACGUACCUGACUGGCCCAAAAAAUCCUUUGGAGGAAUUGUGGACUUUCUGCAUGAUCAAAUAGUUCCAAAAUUGGAAGAAAUAAUAAAGAAAAAGGAAGACCAAUGCAAUUUUAAUGUUUCAAGUGAUCCUUAUCAGUCACUACAGCAUGAGUUCAAAUUAAGUGAUAUAUUUGAUGAUGAUGACGACGAUGAUGUGAAAGAUGAAAUUGAGAAAAUAGAUGAAUUGGAAGAAAUGAUUGGAACCUCAUUUCAGAGUCAGUCAGAGAAACCAGUUGAAAAUUGACCCCACAUAACAUGAUUGUCUUGGGUGCUGAAGCGACAGCUUUGAAUGACACGUUGACAAUACAAAAAUGUUGACACUCACAUUAUGUGGUGUCUUGAGACUUUCAUGUUUUUAUUAUUCAACAAUCUAUGACCGGUAGAUUUUUAAAAUUUCGAUUGUUGGCAUUUCUGGUAAGGGCAGCAUUUGUAGUCUAUCUCUAAUUUGUAUCAAAUGCUCAUUGUUGAGAAGGUUAAACUUCAGAACAUUUGCAGAAAUUGUAUGAAAAUAAAAAUCAUCGAUCUCUGUUCAUGAACAAUGUAAAUGAUACUGAGAAAUGUGAUACAAACACACUUUAUCUCAAUUACCUAUACUUUUAAUGUUUGGUUUAUGUAAAUACUUUUAAAAUUGAAUUUAAUUUAGCUCAAGUCUUUUAUAAUAGAAAAGCAAAAUAUAAAUAAAAACAAAAGCUGGAGAUUCUUGGUUGGUCAGACAGCAUCUGUGAAGAGAGAAUACAUUAAUGUGUAGAUUUGACAAAAGAUUUUUCAUGUUAUAUUUCUGGUACAGAUACUGCCAGACCUGUUUACAAUAUAUUUAUAUAGUAUUCAGGUUGUUCAUCUUGAUUCCUUUUAAACCUAUGUGGGAAGAAAGAAGAUUUGCUUGGAAUGUUAAGAUAAAACUUAUAUGUUUCUAUUCAACUACUUAGCUUAUUAUCAUAAUUAUACCGAAAUUAAUUGUACAAUUCAGGUCAACUGUGUCAUGGUUCUUAUUUCAGUUGGGAAAUCUCAAGGAUUUUGUAAAAUGAAUGACACUGGAAUGUAGUGACUAAAUAGAGCAGUUGUCUUACAUAUACAGUCCUCAGUCCCACAUAUAAUAGCUUUGAUGAAUGACCAGUUAACCUUCUGUUCGUGUUUGAGCGCUAGGAUGGAAUUUCCUACAUUUUCACGUAUUAAAAGCCACCAGCACAUUAGUUCAGCACAGUUGAGACGCAACACCCAGAGUCUUGUACAGCUUUGCUACUCUUUCAUUAUAUAUUAUGCAUUCAAAGAGUGGGAUAUGAAUCUACAACCUAUUUAUACAGACAAAGAUGCUGACAUGAGAGAGCUAAUGCAUUUACCUGGGCAAUAUAGGAACAGAAAAACUAUUGUGCCCUUUCAGCCUGUUCUGCAGCUAUUUAAUGAGACUGUUGAAAUUUAUAUACUCAUAUAAAUUGGUUUUUAUUUAUACACCUGUUGUUGUCCAUGUUCCUAAUACUUUGUCAAUAAACUU